CACCCCGUCCCACUCGGUGGCGGACCGACCGCAUGUGUUGGUGAUGGAGCGUCGGCAGCGCCACAUAAAGCAACACCGCUGACUCAUCGCACCCACAAAGACUUUCAUUAUUCCGCCACACACGCACACACAGAGGCAACGACCGAAACAAAAACUUUUCCCUUUAAAUCUUUUACCAGCCACCACCAGCACACCCACCCCCCCCUCCAAAAACCUGGUAAGCCCCGUUCCCCCCGAAUCCACAUUAUCGCCGAGCGAGAAGGGGGGAAAAAAAAUCCGCGGGGGGGGGGUUACUUUUGGUGAAAUCAAUUUUUGUCGAGAAAUAAACUUUCUGAGGGGGAGAGAGAAAAACAAAAAUUUCCUCAAAUGUACGUUUUGGGCACCUGGGCCGAGAUGAAGCCAGAGAUCAGCGCGGCGGUGGGAUUUAUUUGUAAACUCCUCCGGACCAAGGCAACGGUGGACGAGCGGCAGCUGCAGACUUUCUGCCAGUCGCUGCAGGAACUGUUGGCGGAGCACUACCAGCACCACUGGUUCCCCGAGAAACCGUGCAAAGGCUCCGGGUACCGGUGCAUCCGGAUCAACCACAAAAUGGACCCCAUCAUCUGGAAGGCGGCGAACCGGAUCGGACUGAGCGACCAGCAGGUCUUCCAGCUGCUGCCGAGCGAACUCACCCUCUGGGUCGAUCCCUACGAGGUGUCGUACCGGAUCGGCGAGGACGGCUCGAUCUGCGUCCUGUACGAGGCUCCUCACCCCGCCGGCCACCACCACGGCCACGGCCAUGGCCACCGCCUGGGCGCCGGCUCGCCCCCCUUGCCCGCCUCCCUGGCCAUGGUGGACGGCAGCCGGACCAGCUGCAAGGACGAGCUGCUGCUGGGCAGGACCAGCCCUUCCAAAACCUACAGCAUGAUGACCGUGUCCAGCUAGUGCGAAAAAACAAUAUAUAUAUAUCUAUAUAUAUAUAUAUUUCUAUAAAAAGGAGGGAUCUCCCCACCCCAACCCGCCAAAAAAAAAACUAAAUCU